UCGAGCGAAUCUGUGAACGAAUAGGAAAACACUAGUCGAUUUUUGACAACGCUACGGAAAGUACGUGUUUUACAGUUUUCAUCGUUCGAAAUAUAAAAACAGCAGUUGAUCUACUAAAAUGCCGAAAAAAUUAAAAGUGGUUGUAAAGUCCCUUUAUUCCCAUGAAAUACGUAAAGAUGUGGGCUUGGAAAACUUGAAAUCGUUGAAGCUUGAAGACGCAUGGCCAUUUAUCAGGGAUGAAAUCGAGACUGAAAUCGGCAGCAGCCAGUUGGUUUGCAUCCCCCAUAUUACUGAAGCAGAUUUGUAUAAAGUGACAUCCUUGUUUGUGCAAAAUGAAAAGGCAAAAAAUGGGAAAAUGUUUACCCCUCUAGGCGAACUAGUCAAAAACAUCAACAAAGAGAAAUCUAACUCUGAAUAUGUUCAAUGGCUAGAAGAGGGAGAUUUUCAAGAUUCUGAAUUCAAAUUUCCUCACGAGAGCGUAAAGAUAACCCUUCAAGAUGAAUCUAUUAAAAACAAAGUUAGAGUGAUUAUGAUCAACUUUACUAAAAAUGUGAUUCCAAAAGAUAAAAACUUAGUCAACAAUAUUUAUUUGGAUAUUGAUAACAAUAAAGAUCUCAAGGGAAAGAAGUCUGUUUACAUGAUCACAAAUGUGCUGUUGGCUAAAACUAUAGAGUUCAGAGUGACCAUUGGUACAUCCUCAAGGAUUUUCCACUUAGGAAAUGCAUCACCUUUAGUAUUUGGAUUGGAAGAGUUUCUUAUUGGCGAUGAUGGAAAGCUGGUUGCAAAGGAACCCGUGACCAUACAAUCCAAGGCUCUCAAUUGGCAGAAGCUGGAUCCAUCAGAUCAUCUCUACAUCCCGGAGAACAAGGGACAAACAGCAGAUGAUUAAAUCAAUUAGUUUUAGCGCAGCUUCAGCACUUUGGUAUUGAACCAAAUUUACACUGUAGACGUGAGUUUGAAUGUAGGCUAAAAGCUUAUAAAGUUUUUAUUAUAAAAUAAUUUACGUAUGCCACUCCGCACGCCACGUAGCAGUUUCAUUGUAGAACAAAUUUUACGUAAUAAGUAAUUUAUUUUUAUGUUGUGCAAGAAUGCAUGUUGUGUUUAGGAAGUUUUUGCCGACAAUUAGGGUUAAAAAGUGCACAUGCUUUAUUACCGUUUAGUAUAUUUUGUUUUACAUGUUGAGUACGUUUUAUUUUUUCUUUUUAUUUAGUGAAAAAUUUCAACUGGAUUACUGUAUUCAGAAUUCUGAGUUUGAAGCAAAAUCACCAUAGAAUUAAAAAAAGUGACGUAAUUAAUACAGAUACUAUGAUAAAUGUUUAGCAAAAGCAAAAGGAAAAAUAUAACAACUUGAAAAAGAAGUUAACUUUUUUAUGUCUCUCAACGAAUGUUGGUACAUUGUAAAAUGUGUGCUAAUAUUAGAAGAGUACUUCUAUUUUAAAAAUUCAGGAGUGGAAGCCAAGGUUCCAUGGUGUAAUGGUUAGCACUCUGGACUUUGAAUCCAGCGAUCCGAGUUCAAAUCUCGGUGGAACCUGGCAAUAUUUUUUUUUAAUCUGAUAAAAAAAUAAUUCUUUUUUUUCAAUUUGUGAUUUUUUUUAAAGUUGUUUUUAUUUGAUUUAGAAAUUAGAAUUGCAAAUCCCAAUUUCGCUUCGCGAACAUAAAUUUUCUGUAUUUCGUCGUUUAGUCAUAACUACGCUUAUCAUUUUUAAU